UUCGGUUCCAACAUGCUAAGCUAGUGGUAAUUAUAGAAACAUGCUAACGCUAGCUAGCUUACAGUAUUCUACCGGCUACAAAUAGACUGAGCAGCUGCUGAACUCCAUAGAUGUGCUCAGUUUAGUUUGCGUGUUUUUAUUGUUCAAUAUGUAACUUAGCUAGAAAUUGACGGAUUUGUCAACGCAACUGUUUGUAUUCAGGGACCGAUUCCGGUAGCUACAAUGGCAUCAGAAGCACCUCACAACUUUUCCUGGCUUGAACCUCACAAAUUGGCUGGGCUGGCAAUGCCAAGAAUGCCUGGCCAUUACCAGUACCUGGUGAAUAAUGGUAUCAAACAUUUAGUCACUUUGUCUGAGAGAAAGCCUCCGUAUCAUGACACUUGCCCCGAACUGACUUUGCAUCACAUCAGAAUACACGACUUCUGUGCUCCAACAUUUGAUCAAAUCAAACGCUUCCUGACUAUAGUGGAAGAAGCCAAUACAAAAGGAGAGGGUGUUGCAGUGCACUGUUUGCAUGGCUAUGGAAGAACUGGGACAAUGCUGGCCUGUUACUUGGUGAAAAGUAGAAAACUCAGCGGGAUUGAUGCUAUUAAUGAAAUUAGACGGAUACGGCAUGGAUCCAUUGAAACACGAGAACAGGAACAAAUGGUAGUACAGUUUUACCAGCAAAUUAAGUAAUGAAAUAAAGUUAAAUAAUUAAAAUAAA